AUGAGUGCUGUUCCAUCGACGCUGCCAAACACGCCGGAUGAAGUUGAGGCGUGGCUCUUGAAUAACUUCGUGGCAUUUGACUCCCUGGACAUCACGGAGCACCCCAAGAUCUUCGCGAAGAACGCACAGCUACAGUUCGCCAACAGCCCCGUCCUCCACGGAAUUGAAGAGAUCCAGCAAAGCUUUGUGCCCGCCUUCAGUGCUCUCUCGUACAUGAAACAUGUGCCUGUCACCUUUGGUAGGUUGUCUCUGCUCCCUUCACGCCUUCUCAAGAGCUGGAUCUCACGCCUCAAUGCAGAUAAGGUAGACAAUAAGGUCUGGUUCACUGUCGAAAUAUCAUACAGAGCCAAGGGUGACCCCGAAAACCAAACGAUUACGAUCCCUGCAUCUGCGCUCGCUCACCUCGUUACGGAUGGCGAGGAGGCUGGGAAGCUGGCUCGGUUCCAGGUUUUCCUCGACAACAGGCCCGUCUUGGAGAGGAUUGAGUAUGUUUCGAAACUCAAUAAUAAGGAAUGA